AUGUUCAAACAACUUGUGACUAAUAUGAAACACAAAAACAUGAGUUUAUUCAAAAACUACGAUCAACUUUAUCCAUCAUAUUGUGCACCAAGAAAGUUCCUAGCUGAAGUGAAAUCACCGCGGGCUAACCUAAAAGUUUCAAAUGAUUUCCAUACUACAAGCAGGACUUCAAGUGAUAUGAAAACUAGCAAAUUAUUCGCAACCCAUGAAAAUUCCUUUGCAUUUAAUGUUAUAACAAAACAUAACUUGAAUAAAUUGCAAUAUAAGGUAAGUGAAGAAGUUUUCACUCUACAAGCAUUUAACAAUCUUCUUGACCGAAAUUGGAGAGAAUGUGCAGCAGAAGACAUCAUGAAUGCGUUUGAAAAUGUGAGAAAGUACUGCAUUGUCAAUAAUAUUCCUCUUUCCGAUAUGCGCUUCAACAAGUUGGUGGAUGGUUUGAUGGACAAUUGUGAAAAACUCUCUGAUGAGAAUCUUAUUAGUCUUCUAGGCUGUAUAUCUGAAUACCCCCUGUGUGAAAACUUUGAUGCUCAUAAUUUUCAUGACAUUUGGAGUUGUCUAGAUGAUAUCUGUUGCUGGAAAAUGGUGAACUGGGAUAUAGACAAAUGUUUCAUUGUUGCCAAUAUCUGGUAUAAAAUGAAUUUAGGCAAACUUUGUGAUUUCAUCUUUAUAUUGAUAGACAGGCUGAGUAAGAAGGCAGAGAAUUUGAGUAAAGAUCAAUUGGUAAAUGUGCUCUUCUAUUUCAAUGUUUGUAGAAGAAGAGCAGUUGAUUUUGAGUAUGAAUAUGCUAUAGAAAAACAGAUAAGGAAUAUGAAUGUUGAUGAAAUGGCUAUUGUUUCAAUGGGUUAUUUUAAAACUAAAACCAGAAUAAAAAUAUUGGGGAUAAUUGAAGCUAUGGUCCAGAAAGUUACAGAGGACAGCAAAGACAUACAUGAAAUUGCUCUCACAGCUAUCUUAAAAGUUGUAAGAUAUUCAAAACCUACCAAAUUAGUGAAGGAAAUCCAUGAGAUGUUAGAUAGGUUAUCAUUUGAAGUUGAAAGAUUGUCUAAUUUGUGUUGUCUUCAUAUAAUGUUAAUGAACACAGGUCUCCAAGUUAUUCACAAAAACUCAUUACAAAAAUCAUGUGAAAAACUCAUACUAGAUAUCACAAAUGAAGAUAAAAUUAGGUUGAAGGACAUUGAAAGGAUUCUGAAUGUACUAUCCAUGUUCAAUUAUGAUCCAAAAACCAACCCAGACAUUUUUCAAGCUUCCUAUCUGGAGCUGCACAAACAAUCUAGGCUAGCUGAACUUUCAGCCUACCCAAGAUGCCUAGUCUGUGCUCUGAACUACUUGAGUCUAUGCAACAUUUAUUCUUAUGAACUCAUGGAUAGGAUUCUGGAUGUGGAUCACAUAGAACAGACUUAUGGGAAGAGUAGCAAAAUGUUGCCCAGGGAGCUGCUCUCACUAGAUUGCUCCAUAACUAUAGAAUGCCCUGAGUACAAUGGAAACAGGUUGCCCCCCAGACUCAAAUACAAGGGGGCCAAAUGGUUGGCUGAGUACACCCCCUCUUAUGACCAGUGGAAGAAAAUCACUAGAUCAGAUAAACUGGUAUUGGACACCAUAGACACUGUGAAGCUCAUUGUGAAAGAUAGUAACUUAUUUUAUGUUGGUCAUGUACUGCCACAUUUUUCAAGAUCAGAUAUAAUUGUUUGUAAAAACAAAGAGACUGGAAAAUUUGUAGAACCAAAUGGCUUUGAGAAUUAUGUUCUUGGAGAUGUGAUGUUUCCUUGUGAAGAUAGUAGCUUGGAAUGGUUUGCUAUUGUAGUUGUAGGAUGGAAUAAUACAGUUAGGGAUUCCAGUAAUCUGUUAGGCAAUAUGUUGAUGAAGAGAAGACAGUUGGAGAAAAUAGGGUACAAACCUGUAUUUGUCAUUUGGAAUGAAUUCAUGAAUCUACCUCCUGAUUUGAAAUACAGAUAUAUUUCUGAAAAAUUGAAGUAA